AUGGCUACAUUCACACAUUUAGUUCGUUUCUUGGCCAAGGAUGGUCAGGUUUACUAUGGUGACGCACUGCUCCCGGCGGGCGUGACAGAUAUCUCCAAGGCUACCCAGGCCAAAGUGAUCAAGGGCGAUAUCUUUGGUCAGCACCGAGUGACCGAACAGGUGGCUGAUGUGCGCAUGCUGCUGGCUCCCCUGGCCCGCGAGGAUAUUCGCACUGUUCGCUGCUUGGGACUCAAUUAUGAACAGCAUGCCAAGGAAUCCAACUUGCCGAUCCCCCAGUACCCCGUCUUGUUCUUCAAGCCGGUGACUGCCAUCGCAGGCCCCACAGAUGACAUCCCAGUUGGCCAGAUGGCACAGGAGGGCGAAGGCCUAGAUUAUGAGUGUGAGUUGGUCAUUGUGAUUGGUAAAGAGGCUCGCGAUGUGCCUGAGAGCAAGGCGCUGGAGUACGUCUUGGGUUAUGCCGUCGGUAACGAUGUUUCCCACCGUGACUGGCAGAUCAAGCGCGGCGGUGGCCAGUGGAACCUGGGUAAAGGCUUUGAUGGCUGGGCACCAUUUGGUCCCGGUAUCGUCUCAUCCAAGGUCAUCUCCGACCCUAAUGCCUUGCACAUUUCGACCAAGUUGAACGGUAGGACUGUUCAGUCUUCCUCUACCAAGGACAUGAUUUUCAGCGUGGCCAAGACCAUUGCCUUUUUGUCGCGCAGCACUACCCUACUACCUGGAGAUUUGAUUUUCACUGGAACACCGCAAGGCGUGGGCAUGGGCCGCAAGCCCGCUUUGUGGAUGAAGAAUGGCGACCAGGUUGAGGUUUCCCUAGAGGGCGUUGGAUCUUGUGUCAACCGAGUUGUCUACGACAAGCUUGCAUCCAAACUAUAA